AUGGAGCGUUUGUUGAGGUUUGGUGCGGAGAAUUUUAUUUCAGGAGGUAACUCUCAACCUACAGAUGGUCCUGUUCCUGAUACUGCCGAACAGGUUUACAUUAGCUCAUUAGCUUUGUUAAAGAUGCUUAAACAUGGUCGAGCUGGUGUUCCUAUGGAAGUUAUGGGUUUGAUGCUUGGAGAAUUUGUUGAUGACUAUACAGUAACUGUUGUGGAUGUAUUUGCUAUGCCACAGUCCGGUACUGGUGUGAGCGUGGAAGCUGUUGAUCCUGUAUUUCAGGCAAAAAUGAUUGACAUGUUGAAGCAAACUGGUAGACCAGAAAUGGUAGUCGGAUGGUAUCAUUCUCAUCCUGGAUUUGGUUGCUGGUUGUCUGGCGUCGACAUGAACACUCAACAAAGCUUUGAAGCUCUUUCUGAUCGUGCGGUCGCUGUUGUUGUCGAUCCAAUUCAGAGUGUUAAAGGAAAAGUUGUUAUCGACGCUUUCCGUCUUAUUAAUCCAAACAUGGUCAUUGCUAAUCAAGAGCCAAGACAAACAACAUCAAACCUUGGACAUCUUAACAAACCCUCAAUUCAAGCUCUUAUUCAUGGCCUCAACCGGCACUACUACUCUCUUCCAAUCAAUUACAGAAAGAAUAAGCGUGAACAAACGAUGUUGAUGAAUCUUGAUAAGCGAACCUGGCAAGAAGGCCUUACAUUAGAGGAUUAUCCCACUCACUGCAAUGCAAAUCAUAAAACCCUUCAGCAUGUGUUAGACCUGGUUAAAACGUACAACAAAUCGCUUGAAGAAGAAGAAAAGAUGACACCUGAACAGCUGGCAAUUAAAAACGUCGGAAAAAUGGAUCCUAAACGCCAUUUGGAAGAAAAUGUUGAUGAACUUGUUUCAAACAACAUCACUCAAGGAUUGGGUGCAAUGCUUCAUUCUCUUGUAUACAAUUAA